AUGUCAAACUUCCACUACGGCGCUCCCCACUAUGCCACUGCUAUGCAGUCGCACCCUCACCCUUCUCACAACCACCACGGUCGCUCUCGCCGCGGGCCUCGUGUGUCUUCGGCGCAGAAUGCCCACCGUCAACAGCAAUUCAAAGCCCAAAGAAGUCCCAAGGAGCUUCCUGAGACCCCUGCCUACAGCGCAUACAUCAGGGACUUUGAAGCUGCCAAGGGUUUCGAGUUUGAAGAUGACGAGGUUUUCUGCCCCUUCCACCUCCUGACCGAGGACGAUCACCAAGCUCAGCCUACUCCUUUCCUCCUUCCCUCUGCUGCUGCCUCUUACAACAACAACUCUUUCCAGCAGAACCAGAUGAAGCUCCACCAGCCAAUGGCCCAGCGUACUCGCAAUGCUAUUCCUAUUGUCGACCCUAGCACCCGCGUCAUCGCAAGCCCUCCUCCAAGUGUCUCGCCGGCCCGUCAGAUGCAGGGCUACAUCAACCAGCGCCGCUGGUAG